AGCGGCGGCAUCCGCCCGCCGCGGUAUAAAGCGGGCGCGCCGGCCGCCGACCGCCACACACCAUGGCGACCACCGUGCUCUCUCCGGCAGCGCUGCUGCUGGCUCUGCUGUUGGCGGCUGGUAGCGUCACCGCUCACAGGGGUCCUAGACCUUUCGGCCGAUGUGCUUCGUCGGUGGGUGAUAUAGAUAGAGAUACUAUGAUGAAAAUCGUCAGAAACUUUGAAGUUCCCGAUGAAACCUCUGAUGAUCAAAAGUGCAUGCUCCGCUGCGCUUUAGUGACAAAUCGAUUGGUUCGAGAUGGUGUACUGGACGCGAGGCAGAUCCUGAUGAAUAUUCAAGCGGACGCGCACUUUGCGGGCAGGAUGGCCUCCGUCUACGGCCAGAACAUCACCCUCGACAUGGACCGGCUAUCCAACGACGUGGAAGCUUGUGUCACCUCUGAAGAGAAUCCUGACUGUGAUACAGUCUACAACCAGUUCAAGUGCGUCUCUGAUUUAAUUUCCAACGGUAACAUGGCGAGCUACGCCAGCUUCGUGGAGGUGGACGGGUCAGAGCCCGGCGACUGGAUGCGGCGGCGGCAGAUGCUGACGAGCCGCCCCCACGGUCCCCCAGGCCCCAUGGGGGGCCACUGGGGGCCACCGCCCCCACACCACCGCGGAGGACCCCGCGGGGGAGGCAGGCCUCCUCCACCACCUCCAGAGUCCGACGAGAACGACGUCGAAGAACUCGAGUAGUAGCAGCUACCUCUUCAAAGAAACAGCAGACAAGAUUAUUUUUACAGUUCUUAAAACCAAUAGUAAUUCACUAAAACUUGUACAGCUCCAGUAUAUAAGAAAUAUAUUUGCCCAAAAACGAUA